AUGCGCUUGAUGCGUUUCAAGUUCGACGUCGUCUACGUGCCUGGAAGGGAGCUCAUCACUCCGGAUGUACUGUCUAGGGUGCCUUUGAAAAGUCUCAAGGUGGUCCAGCCAACUCUGACUGCAGCAGACAUGGAAAAGUUUGUCGUCGCAUCAAAUAGCGGAAUGCACGCAAGCGAUCAACUACUCAAGAUCAGGCAGGCACAAGAGUCCGACGACUGGCCACCAAAACACUCCAUUCCCUUGAAGAUUACGCCCUACUGGCAGGAGAGCGGUUCAAUAACGUGCUGUGAUGGCUUGCUCCUAAAUGGAACACGUCUAACCGUACCCGAGGCGUUGAAGGUCAGCUUCCUCAAUUUUCUGCACGACGGACAUCAAGGCAUUGGGAGGACACGAGCAAAGUUCCGUUCACAAGUAGCUGAGUCAGUUAUUCCUUUGGAAAUUCCCGAGUACCCCUGGCAAAAAGUCCGCGCGAAUCUCUUCGAUCUUCGAGAAAGAACUUCUCUGCUGGUUGUGGAUUACUUAUUGCGCUACCCGGAGAUUGCGUACAUUGAGAAAACAACGUCAGCUUGGGUGAUUCAAGAGAUGAAAAGUAUUUUUGCCCGGCAUGGCAUAGCGGAGUGCCUUAUCACUGAUAACGGGCCACAGUUUGUGAACAGAGCGUUUUCAGAUUUUGCGCAGCACUAUGGCUUCGCCCAUACAACGUCAAAUCCCCGGUACCCACAGGCAGAACGGAUGGUCAAGACCAUCAAGCGACCGCUGGAAAAAGCCGAGGAUGCCUACCUCGCUCUCUUCGCCUACAGAAGCACGUCAGGACCCGUCGAGAGCAGCCCAGCGGAGAUUUUGAUGGGCAGGAGGCUUCGCACGCGAGUCCCGUUACAUCAGAAGCUACUUUUGACAACUACAAGAGUUUUUUCAAGCCAUCGUCAGAGAGACAAGAAGUUUCGUCAAAAGCAGUCGCUGCAGUUCAACAGAAGGCAUGCAGCGACGAAGCUACCACCCUUAAAUCCUGGAGAGGCUGUGUUGGUAAAGCAUUUGCAGCGAAGCGCACAGUUCAGCAGAAAGCCCGAACUCCUCGGUCCUAUUUCAUCCGAACUUCGGACAACUAUACCUUAA